UCUCUCUCUCUCUCUCUCGCUCCGUUCGUUCUGGCGUCGCGACGGAGGAAGGACGGACGUGGCGUGCCGUGCUGUGCCGAACGAGGACCAGCGCAGCACAGAGCAGCUGGAACGUCAGAGUGCCCUCCGACUUCGUCGCGUACACAUCCCUCCCUGCUGGAGAUCGCGCGGCUACCAUCGCGGCGCCGGCGACGUGUUGCGAAUCGCGUUACGCGAUCGUACGCAUAUACGCGAGGCGGGAACAAGGCGGUACGGUAACCCAUACGUCUCCUCUCUCCAUUUAUCCGUCUAUCGCUCGCCCGGUGGAUACGGUUGAUGUGAUACUGCGACUGUCCGAGAAAGCCCGCUCGCUUUCGCAGUCACGAAGGGGGGUCGAAACGGAAAUUGAAAACGACGGUGCAGCAAUCCAACCGACGGAUCGGAGGGGAGAGAAACUGAACUUCAUUCCGCGCGGAAUUGCCGGAGCUCGCCUUCGAGUUUCUCUCGAUUACAUCGCCACGGUAUUUCUAUCCCGUAUCUCCGGGAAUUAUCUCCGAAGAACCGUCGGCGGAAACGUCCGGUUUGAUUAUUGGGGAUUUUACUACGAGGGUCCGGCGAGGGGACACCCUCCGGAAAAACUAUCCUCUUUCCAGGAUCUCAUCCACGGGAGAAGCUCCGCGCAAUCGUUCGUAGGGUUUCGAAGCUAUCGCUACAUGUCAACGGCGACCCUUGUCGCGUCGCUCGAUAUAAUCGUUCGACAGGUGAAGGAGGAAUCUCCGGUGAAGUGACACAACACACUUUAGGGGUUUUCUCAAAUAAAGAGCCGAAGAUUUUCACGCAUACAGUCGAGAAACAGUCGUCGACUUAGGAUGGACAUCUGGAAGAAGCGACGCUCGUAAAGUUUUCGGUGUUGGUUCGCCACGUACUCCUCUGAUACUCCGAUUUUCCCUGUAAGCCGCGGGCGAGUCUGAAGAAAACUGAAGUGCUUGGAAGCGGUGAGAGAUCGCGAGAGAUCGAGCACGAUGCGCUGAAGGAGCGUUGAUUAUCGCGGGUCAAAAGCGGGGCGGCCUAUAGGCGCGCUGGACAUUAAGUUAAAUCGCUUCGGCAUCGAGAACGGGACGGGCAGCUAGUGUAAUAGUGAUAAGGCGCAGGCAAGUGAGCGAGAGAGAGCGAGAGAGAGAAUUGGACAGAGCGGAAUCGCGUGACCUGGUCAACUCGGCGAUCACGACUGUGAUAUCGCUAUGCCGCGAAGAAGCGUUUUACAUUUUCAAUAAAAAGAAAGGAGCAUAAGGACUGAAGCAUAACGUGACUCACGAGAAGAGAAGAGAAUAAUACUCGAGUCACUUUGAAAUAUCAUUCGACGGGGGCGAUGAAAGAAUACGAAAGUGAGGAGCACCCGUAGAAAUCUCUUUUGAAACGCAUUACGGGAUCGAUGAUAACGGUGAUAGAAUUGAACAGAUGUAACUGAAGCACUCGCGUGAAAGGGCAACGUACAUACGCGCGCGUAAGUAGAGACGUCCAAAUCGGUAGGAAAAAGUGAGAGCUCUGACGUCCGUGCGGUGCGGAAGCCGUUGUUUAAUUGCCCGUCGUAAGUGGGCUUUGUAAGGCUCGCGGUUAAUUAGUUCGGGAUCUAACGUGAACACGAUGAAGUGGUGCGUGUUGGUGUUGGUAUUCGCCGGUCUGACUAGGGGCGAUAAUGCCAUCGAUACGAAGAUCUUCAAUUGUCCAGAACUCAAUGCUCAAGAUGAAAUGGACCUCGACAAGAUAAUGGGCAAAUGGUACGUCGUGGAAGUUCUGGAACACAGGAUGGACCCCACGAAGCCAAUGAGCAGCUCGUACGUCGUUGACUCGUGUCCGAUCGUGAAGUUGAGGCCGGUAGAUCACGCCUCGUUGAGACUAUUGUGGACUGAGGAGUCCGGAAACGUGGAAUAUACAUUCCGGAUACCAGAUGUCCACAGAAGAAAGGGAUUAUGGCGAACCAUGACCUCGCAGAACGGUACCUUAACGGAGCAGAGAUACAUGCAGUUCACCGGCAACGUGCACGUAAUGAAGGCCGUCGCCUCGGACAUGGUGUUGACUUUCUGCUCUCGGAAUCCCAACAAUCAGCUCUACUCCCUCUUACUGUCACGCGAGCACACUCUGCAGAAAAGCGACAAACGAGGAGUUCACAAUCUCCUGGGACGCCGCGGCCUGAAGAUCGUCAGCAUCCGCGAGACUUGCAUGAAUGGCGGCGCGAGAUCCAGGCGGGGCGCGCUCGAUCUCGUCGCCUGGGCGACCCUCGUCGGCCUCCUAUCGUCGAGCGUUCUCUUCAGAUCUUGGCAGUAGUGAAAUUAAACGGACGAUCGAUCGAUCUCGAGACGCCCAGAUCGCCAGAUCGCCAGAUCGCGCCCCGACUGUGUGUCUCUCCGUCUCAGACUAAUUAACGCGAUUAUGCUAACACUUUGGAUGCUGCUGCGCGUGUAAUAGAACAUUACGCUGGGUUACGGAAAUCCGUCGACAGAGCUCGACGUUAUACGUUAGUUACGCAUCGUAACUUUCUGUAUACCUUAAGUUCUCAUGGAAGAAUUUUUAAUUACAAAACCAAUAUCUUUUUGUAAAUUUAUACUAUUUAUAUUCACUACAUUAUU